AUGGAGCUGGGCUAUGCUUCAAUGAAACGUGGACGAGGUGUGACCUCUGAAGAGCGAAGAUGGCCCUACAAGAACAGUCGAACCAGAGGACAUGGUCUGCGUCUGAAGUGGGUGAAAUCAAAGUAUAUGAGUGAUUUGAAACAUGCCUUUCCAUGUGACGAGUGCAUCAUUCUACAGAGGAACAGUGUGGAUCGAGGGCUCAGGAUGAAAUCCUGGCUGGUGGCUCUGAUCAGCGGCAUUGCUGCCUUAGUCACAGGCCUCCUGAUCGGCCACUUCGCCAUCCCAAAGGAUGGCAUCACGGAGCAGGGACAGGGCUCCACCCAGGACAUUGACGAGUCGCUCAUCCAGCGCUUCAUGGGUGAGGUCGACAACAAGCGGAUCGAGGACAACUUGAGGGAGCUCUCUAAAAAGCCUCAUAUGGCCACAACCAAAGGAGACAUUGAUCUGGUCAACCUGAUGUUAGACAGAUGGCAGAACAAAGAGACGGGUUUGGACGAAGCUAAGAAGGUGACAUAUGAUGUGCUGCUGGACUUUCCAGACAAGAACAAUCCUAACCGAGUCACUGUAGUUGCACCAAAUGGCACUGUACUUUUCAAGUCACGAAUUAAGGAGGUGAAUUACACCAAAGAUCAACUCGACCCGGAUGUGGUCCAGCCCUUUGCCGCCUUCACACCUGCUGGAGAGUGCAAGGGCAGGCUGGUGUACGCCAACUAUGGGACAAUGGACGACUACCAACAUCUAAACAAAACCAUUGACCUGAACAACACAAUUGCUAUUGUCAGAUACGGAGGAACUGGCCGUGGGGACAAGGGUAUAAACGGGGCAAGAUUCGGGGUGUCUGGCGUCAUUGUCUACACCGAUCCGGCUGAUAUCAAUGAUGGAAAAUUGAGCGACAAGAAUGAGACCUACCCUCACUCCUGGUACCUGCCCCCCUCUGGGGUCGAGCGUGGCUCCUACAAGAGCAAUUUUGGGGACCAGCUGACACCUUAUUACCCUGCCAAAGGUUAUACCUUUAGGCAGGCUGUAUCCAACAUCACCGGUUUAUCACCCAUUCCAGCGCAGCCUAUUGGGUUUGAAGACGCCCAUCAACUCAUAUGUGGUUUGACUGGAGAUGAAGCUCCUGAAGCCUGGCAGGGAGGCCUUGGCUGCACAUACCGCCUGGGACCUGGAUUUCACAAUGAGAGCUCCUUUGCAGACAGUGACGUGACAGUCAGCGUGCACAACAAAAUGGAGAUUAAACCAUCGGACAACGUGAUCGGGAUUAUCCGUGGGAGCGUGGAACCAGAUCGCUACGUUAUCUAUGGCAAUCACCGCGACAGCUGGGUACAUGGGGCCAUCGACCCCAGUAGUGGCACUGCCGUCAUGUUGGAAAUCAGCAGGGUCCUGGGCAAGAUGGUGAAGGAAGAUCAGGACACGGUUAUGACCAACACUCUGUUUCUCAUCACCCCUUGUUCUCCCUGGUUUCAUAAGAUUUUGCAGCCGGCAAACUACCAGUCUGACAAAUACUCUCCGGGAGCCAUAACCACCUCUGUCACAGUUCCCGGACACCAAGACCUGUCAGUCUAUGAGAACUGGAAGAAGCAUUCGAACCGUACGAGUCCUCUCCAUGGUGUCAUCCCGAACAUGGGGAGUCUGGGGGCAGGCAGCGACUACGCACCCUUCUUCCAUUACCUUGGGAUCAGCUCCAUGGACAUCUCAUACACAUACGACAAGACAAAAACGAAAGCUCGAAUCUACCCUGCUUACCACACAGCCUACGAUACCUUCGAUUAUGCCUCUCGCUUCAUCGACCCAGGGUUCACCAGCCAUCAGACGGUGGGCAGGACGGCUGGGAAUGUGUUGCUGCGUCUGGCCGACAGUGCGAUUCUCCCCUUCAACAUCAGAGACUACAGCGAGGCCAUUGAACAACUCUACCAGGCGGCAAAGGAGCUGUUCAACACAGAGCUCAGCAACCACAACAUCUCCCUGGCUCCUCUUCAUUCUGCGGUGACCAAGUUGAAAGAAGCAGCUGAUGGGCUGCACCUUCGAAUAUCUGAAAUGCAGGAUCUGAGCACGAGCCCACUCAAACAGCGGAUGAUCAAUGAUCAGCUGAUGCUGCUGGAGAGGUCCUUCCUUGAUCCCAUGGCCUUUCCUGACAAGCUGUACUAUCGACACAUCAUCUACGCCUCACAGGAUUCAGCCGUGGAGACAUUCCCAGGCCUGGCUGAUGCCUACCAGCAUGCCACAGUGGAGGGAGGCUCCUGGGAUGAUGUACGUAAGCACCUAACGAUUAUCACCCACACGCUGGAGAGCGCUGCUUCCACUCUGGAGGCUGUGAUCUAGCGGGAGGAUCAGGGGAGACUCAGGAACCGAGCAAGCCUCCAGGCAAACUCCCACUGGAACCAAGUAACCACAA